AUGUGCCUGCCCCGCAAACACAGUGGUAUAGGCCUCGUCGACAUUGUGGACCAACAUCUGGCGCUGCAUUUGAUCUAUGUCAAGCGUAUGCUUCGCCCUUGUGAGUCUUCCGACUUUCUUACACCUUGGCUCUUAUACAGCUUUCAUAUAUACUCGGGUCAUGCCACUGCUCUUCCUUUGCUGCUGUAUCCUCGUACGUACAUGCCUCGUUUGAGAAAGUGCCCACAUCUGGGUCAUUUAGCUCGUUUGAUCUCUCGGUUGCCAACUCUGACUCCCUCUGCACAAUGGCCAUCUUGGUGGCUCCUCGAUCUUCUUUGGUCAAGUGUCUGCUCCCUUUCACCAACAGCGACCUUGUCUAGGGCGAGUGACAAACUCCAACCACAGGCGCUGAUUGCCUCCCUUUUGAGUGUGCUUCCAGAUACCAACAUCUGGACUUGUGUCCGUCCUUUGGAUGCCCCCGCAUUGCAACAUUUGUUCAAUGCACUGUGCCCGUUUGAGGGUCCUCUGGUAUGGGCCAUCCCUACUCCUCUCAGGUCGGUUAUGGCUUUCACUGAUCAAGAACGCACUGCCAUGUUGGAGAGCGCCACUACCCCCUCUCCACCCACUGCUAGCUUUUCGCAUUGGCAUAUCACCGCUAGCCCUCGUUCAACAGCUGUAGUUGCCCAAAUCAAGCUCGGGGCCUUGCGCCGUUUCUGGCAUACAUCUUUUGCUUUCCUACGUGGCACAGCCCACCCUCUAAUGUCUCGUCCUCCACAUCUCUUGCUUCCUCCUCGCCUCUGGCGUGAUUUCUGGCCUCUCUGUCUUCCCGCCAAGGCAUUUACACCUUGGUGGCGGCUGCUACAUGGGCAUCUCUCGGUGCAGACUCGCCUACACAAUAUCAACCGUGUCAGGCAUCCUUCCCCUUUAUAUAAACUGUGUAUUGAGGCACCUGAAGAUGAAUAUCAUAUGGUCAUAGGCUGCGGUAUGAAGUCCCUCUUCUGGUAUGAGGUUACCACCACCUUGGUCUCACAAAUCUGUUCCCUACGGACGAUGCCAUUUGGAUUGGGCUGA